UCUCCACCUGGGUAUAAAGGUGGAUUUCUUGGACUUUUUAUUCCAUUUCGUCUUCCCAUUCACCAUGGUUUGUUUGGCCAACGCCGUCCUACCGGAACUUAUGCUGACAUUGUGGGGAUGUUCGUGGCUCCAUCUGGUGGCCAGUAGCAGGGAUACAAUCAACUGUUCACCCCAGGUGAAUCUUCCAUGUACAGUAUACACUUACAAUGACUGCGCUAUCAGGGAGUUCGAGCCCCGCCAUAUGGACCUAUAUUCUGGUCCCGGACCUGCUGUACCCCUGAAGUUAAACGUGUACCAGUCCAAUGUAGGGAGCCGUCAUAACUCGACACAUUACUCACGACCUGCACUGACUGUAUUCUGGUGGCCACUAUCAAACAGUUUUGACGAGUUAACAGGAUAUGAGAUUUCGAUGCAAGGUAUAAAGGGCGUCGCUAAAGGCACUCGCAGAUGUUUUGUUAUCGACACUAGAUACUCUAAUGUGACAGCAAAUGAUCAGGUAAUUGAAUAUGUGCCUUUUUGCAUCUUCUUCAGAAAAUGGCAAUUUUGAAAGAUUCUGACAAUUUUUGCUUUAAUUGUGAUUUUGGAGAAUAAAUGUUUUGUGUUGGAACUUUGCUACCAAUACGGCAUAAAAUCUAGAAAAAGGUCCAGCAGGUUCAUACUUCAAUACCCCAGGACCUAGAU